AUGCUUAAUUGGCUGCCUGGGAUGAAUUCUUGUGACUUCAGUGAGGAUGAGACAACAAAGGCAUUGUAUGCUUCAUAUCAAGUGCCGAUUUCUGAGGGUCAAAAUAACUUACAAACGCAUGCCUCUGAAACUGCAUUUGGAGUGAGCUCUGCUGAUGCAUCACAAUUUGGUCUGAAUCACAAAAAGUCCAAUUCUAACGUGUUGCUUGACCAAGGAAAGAAGAAACCUGUUUUUAAGGAAAAGAUAAUGUCAGGAAAGCUCAAUGCUCAAGUAUCAGGAAAAAAUAGAAACUUGAAUCAACAUUCUACAGAUUCUAAACCAAUGAAGAUGAAACAUCCCAGCAGGUCUAACAACACGAUAGAAGAGAGACAUGUGUCCGAAGAGAGAGAAAAGCAAACAAGUGAAGGUACCAGAAAGUAUAUUAAGUUGAAACAUAAGACAGAUGCUGAUCAAUCUAGUUCUGGAACUCCUAAGAAAUCAAAAACUGAACAUGUUCCCUAUGCUGAUAAACAACCGAAUCCUGGCACGGGCCUGGGGAAGGUGGUUCUAAAUGCAAGAGGCAGUUUACCAACAAAAGAUAGCAGAAAGGAUGUGAGGAAGUAUGAUGAUUUUGGCUUACCCAUUGAUGAUGAUGAUAGCUUACUAGUUCCUGAAAAGAAAGAGGGAGUAGCUGAAACCUGCUUCAAGAAUGAGUAA